CCCGCACAUUUGUUCUCGCCUCUCUGACGUCAGCAAACCUGCAAUCGAGCGCAUGAACUAACGGAGGAGCGCGCGAGCGAGCCCGCACCGGAGCUUACCGGGAGGCAAUAGUCGUUAGAGAGCGAGUCCCCGCCGCCGCCGCCCCGCCGCCCCGCCGCCCUGCCCUGCCCGCCCCGGAGGACCGAGCCCAGGCAGACACAGCCCGCCGCGAGCCGCCGUGAGAACCGAGCGAUGCGAGCGCAGCGCACCGCCGCCCAGUAACGCACAAGGAAAAAAAAAAAAAAAAAGAAAGAAAAGAAAAGAAAAGACGGGUGGAGGAGACGGGAACCGUUAUCGUGAUUUACCGAAAAGAAGGAGACAAUUUAUUUUUUUUCUGAAGAGACCCAGAGAAACGGACCCCGCCGAGACGACGCCCGAGAAGCCGCCAGCUGCGGAGAAUACACCGAUUUUCAAUGCGCGGUGGAUCAAACCGAGAGGAUCCGUGAUUUAAAUGCUUUAACGGCGUCCGUGUCCCCGGUCUGAGAGAGGGAGCUGCCCAGAGAGGGAUCGGAGGGGAGAAAGACAACGAGGAGGAUUUUUACAGGCGGUUUCAUUCAUCCGGCUCCUUGAUAUUUUUUUUUUCCGUGUUUUCUUCCGUGGAUCCCGGUACCGGUAAGGCGUUCAAGCUGUGUUCUCUAACCAUGGGAUGUACUCUGAGCGCAGAUGAGCGGGAGGCUCUGGAGCGGAGCAAAGCCAUCGAGAAGAACCUGAAGGAGGACGGGCUGACCGCGGCCAAGGAUGUCAAACUGCUGCUGCUCGGGGCUGGAGAGUCAGGGAAAAGCACCAUCGUCAAACAGAUGAAGAUCAUCCACGAGGACGGCUUCUCGGGCGACGACGUGAAGCAGUACAAGCCCGUGGUUUACAGCAACACCAUCCAGUCGCUGGCGGCCAUCGUCCGUGCCAUGGACACGCUGGGCCUGGAGUACAGAGACAAGGAGCGCAAGGCGGACGCCAAGAUGGUGUGCGACGUGGUCAGCCGCAUGGAGGACACGGAGCCGUACUCCGCCGAGCUGCUGUCCGCCAUGAUGCGCCUGUGGGCCGACUCGGGCAUCCAGGAGUGCUUCAGCCGCGCCCGGGAGUACCAGCUCAACGACUCGGCGCAGUACUACCUAGACAGCCUAGACCGGAUCGGCGCUGCAGACUACCAGCCGACAGAGCAGGACAUCCUGAGGACCCGAGUGAAGACUACGGGCAUCGUCGAGACACACUUCACCUUCAAAAACCUCCACUUCAGGCUGUUCGACGUGGGAGGUCAGAGGUCGGAGAGGAAGAAGUGGAUCCACUGUUUUGAGGACGUGACGGCCAUCAUCUUCUGCGUGGCGCUGAGCGGAUACGACCAGGUGCUGCACGAGGACGAGACCACGAACCGGAUGCACGAGUCUCUGAAGCUCUUCGACUCCAUCUGUAACAACAAGUGGUUUAAAGAGACGUCCAUCAUCCUCUUCCUGAACAAGAAGGACCUCUUCGAGAAGAAGAUCAUCAAGUCCCCGCUGUCCACCUGCUUCCCCGAAUACCCCGGUCCGGACACCUACCUGGAGGGAAUCGACUACAUCAAGACUCAGUACGAGAGCAGGAACAAGUCCGCCAACAAGGAGGUGUACUCCCACGUCACCUGCGCCACCGACACCAACAACAUCCAGUUCGUGUUCGACGCCGUCACCGACGUCAUCAUCGCCAAGAACCUGCAGGGCUGCGGCCUGUACUGACGGCCGCCGCUGUGGCGGCGCUCAGGCCUCCGCCGGCGGCGACCAGUUAGAAUCAGUCGGUCGAGGAUCUUGUACUGUUUUUGUUUUUGUUUUUGUUUUUGUUUGUUUUUUGUCUCGUCAAGUUUCUGUUGUUGCACCGGCGCUCCAGAGAUGUUUCCCGGAAGCGAAGCAGCUCCAGCAGGGAGAGUCGUCCUCCUCUGGAGUUAACCCGCCGCUCCAGAUCGGCGCCGGUUCCACUGAGGCCUGAUGGGAAACGCAUUCAGCUUGCUUUGAUCAGGGUGAAGUUCAGUUGGCGCUCAGUUAAAGUCAGAGCUGACAUCUUGAUGUGCGUGAGCCUUGAACUGGCCGCGUUGAGAGAAUCAAAGGAAAUGCUUCAUCGUCUGCAUUAAGACCAGAAGAGCCGUCCAGCCCUUCCUCUCCCGCUGCUCCUCUUCCUCGGCUCGUCCCGCUUGUUUGCUGAUUGAAGAUAUUUCCGAGCCUCUGAAGCGGCUGGGCCAGUGAGAGAGGAAUCAUUUCCUCCAGGGCUGCUCUGAAAGUGGACGGACUGUUCCGUGAUUUCUCCUUAAAAUGUCCCGUCGGCGGGAUCGUUUCUUCCACAUUUCGUCAGGUUGAACAGUGAACGAUUCCCCGGUUGACAAAGAUUUAUUAGCUGUGUGCUUUUUAAAAACAUUCUCACAAAAUAAAUACAAUCAGGCCAAAGUGAUAAAGUUGAUAUUUCAGACGUUUUUUCUUUUAGAUUAAAGCCGUUUUCGUCAGUGAGCGAAGUCUUGGAACUCCUUGUAUUUUUCGUCCCGGGCCGAUCCUGGGUGUUCAUGGUCUCUUCAGGAGAAGCAGGGAGAAGCAGGCUCUGCUUCCUGGGUGAUGCAGCAGCUGCAGCUCGUGGCCACCUUCAAAUCACUCAGUGCUCCGCCAGACCCCGCCGACUCCUCCAGACCAUUCCCAGACAGCCGAUACGCCGUGCCUUAAACCGGGGAGCUCUGAGAGACGGCCGGCCGGAGCGGACCUGGCCCCGAGUCCCGACCCCGAGUCCCGGCCCCGAGUCCCGACCCUGAGUCCCGACCCUGAGUCCUGACCCCGAGUCCCGGCCCCGAGUCCUGACCCUGAGUCCUGACCCUGAGUCCUGACCCUGAGUCCUGACCCUGAGUCCCGACCCCGAGUCCCGGCCCCGAGUCCCGGCCCCGAGUCCUGACCCCGAGUCCCGGCCCUGAGUCCCGACCCUGAGUCCCGACCCUGAGUCCUGACCCUGAGUCCUGACCCUGAGUCCUGACCCUGAGUCCUGACCCUGAGUCUUGACCUGAGUCCUGACUCUGAGUCCCGGCCCCGAGUCCCGGCCCCGAGUCCCGACCCUGAGUCCUGACCCUGAGUCCCGACCCUGAGUCCCGAUCCUGAGUCCCGACCCUGAGUCCCGACCCUGAGUCCUGACGCUGGUCUCGGGGUCGGAUGUCGAUGCAGUGAAAAUCAAGGUGUGCGGCAGUUCAUGUGAGGCUGACAGCUCGAGCUUUUAGCAUCAGAAGAAUAAACCAAGCAGCAGUUUUGAAGCAUCAGGUAUGAAGUGAGGUUUGUUUAUGUGUUUGAACUGAGAGAGAGAGAGGGAGAGAGAGAGAGAGAGAGCGAGCUAGUCUCGUUACUUAUUUAUGACCGGCCGUUUGCUUCAUUCCACUCAUCCCCCUGCUCUCUCUGACAGCGAGGAUGUGUUCACACAUGCACACACACACACACGCUCACACACACACAUGCUCACACACACACACACGCUCACACACUCAAAAGUGCAGGUACAUACUGUAUCAUCAUCAUCAUCAUCAUCAUCAUCAACCUCAGCUCGUCCGUCCACCUCUAACUUCCUGUUUAGAAAGAGGAAUCAGUCUCAGCUCGGUGUGUGUUCAGUGUGCACGUACGCAUAUUGUGUAUAGUUACUGGUGUGUGUGUGUGUGUGUGUGUGUGUGUGUUUGUGUGUGUGUGUGUGUAAAAAAAAAAAAUGCACGAAAGGUCAGUGUGUGAGUGUGUGUGUGUGAGUGUGUGUGUGUGUGUGUGUGUGUGUGUGUGUGUGUGUGUUGUGGAACAGACGAUGUCAGCCCAUGGGUGCUGCAGUGUCGUCGCUGUCUGUGGAUUAAUUACCCAGAGGGCACCUGUCUACCCUUUACACACACACACACACACACACACACACACACACACACACACACACACACACACACACACACACACACACACACACACAGACUCCGUUGGGACCGAAAAAUGUCACAACACUUUUACCUGCCAGCGCUGGAUAAUUCCACCGCUGCGAACCGGAGAGCGCCGGGCGGAGCCGCUCGCCUCUUUUCUCCAGAACAGGAGAACGCCCCGCCCCCACCGGGGUGAUGCGUGCGUGUGUGUGUGUGUGUGUGUGUGUGUUGUCAGGACUUCCUGCCGCGGCCGUUUGUUUCAGGACGAUGUGACUCAACACCAGCAUGAAGCACGUUGGGCUGUGGCGCGUUGGGAGGAGCCUCCGGCUCUCAUCGAUGGUCUCAUCAGGGCGUGUCGUCUGCGCACGGCGGCGGCGUGGCGAGCGCUCCCGAGUGUGGUUACCUGGUGUUUUUAAUUCAGAAUUGAUUUAUUCUGAAUUAAGUAGUUCCGAAUUGUAUUCACGAGCGUCGUGUUUACAGGGGAAAAACGAAGGAUUAACUCCUCUCUCACGCCGGGGUCUGUGGAGCGUUCUGAUUGGACGCGGUGGCCGUGGCGUUCCUACGUCUCCAGGAAGUAAACAGCGUUUUUCUCGUCUUUCUUUCUCCGUUAAAUUUGUCGCUGCAGCUUUGAAAAUGUCCGCGUCGUUAAGCACCUGUUGAACCGCUCGUUUCAUUAUAUCCAAUUCUUCUAAAUUCUAAAUUCUGCCGUUAAAUAUUUGUCUCCAUACGAGUCGAAUCACGGACCGUGGGCCGCCAUCUUGGAAUAUUGCGUCAUCAAGACGGAGCAGAACAACCAGAAUUGAAGUCGCGCCUAAUUGGUGUAUAAUUCCGCUUCCAGAGGAGAAUAAACCCGCCGGUCUGUUUGGAUUUAAAAUUAAUUCUGAAUAAAGUUUUCAGGCGUUUCCAUGGAGAUUUUAGAGCAGAAUUAUUCUUUAUUGGGAUUUAUAGAGGAAUAAAAAGUCCCAUGUAAACACACAGGCUGAGACAUGGGCUGUUUCCAGGGCUUUCCGAGUGGGGUUUGCAUGUUCUCCCUGGGCCUCCUGUUGGUGCUGUAGCGGUGCAGCGUGCUUCACCUCCCGCGGUGAUGAAACGUGACGAGCAGCCAGCAGGCGGCGCUGCACGGACCUCCUGGGCUGGAGAGAGAGAAGGCAGAACGUCCGUGCAGUUGAGUCAGUCAGCUCCGCUUCACAGGCAGAAGAAAGGCUUCGGCUCCGGCGCUCGGCCUCGGGCGGCGGCGGCGGCGGCGGUGGCGGCUCGCUCUCCCAGCUUUGUCUUCCACCUCCUUUCAUGUCUGAGUUCGCCUGGAGGCGCUCGGCCAGCGAGAAGCGCUCGGGCCUCGGCCUUCCUUCACUCUAAAUCACAGCGAUGUGAAAUUCAUGCGUUCCACAGAAAACCCGUGUUUUUUAUUUAUUCAUUCAUAGACGGCGGCGGCGUCUGAAUCGAAAGUGGGAGCAGUGACGUUUCCUACGAUGUUCAAAUCUUGUGCGGAAUAAAAUGAGCUGUUUAAGGUUUUUCAACAUUUUAUGAAGAAAUUCUUCUUCUCCAUGCGGAGCAUCUGGAUCCGAGGCGUAGGCGUCCAGCAUGUAGCCCGACAGCAAACACACAGUUUGGCCUGCUUCAGGCGGAACUGACUCCAUUUCUCUGUUCGCCACAGAUUUUGUAAAAUGCGUAUAAAUUUUUCACAUUUUUAGGAUUUAGUGUCAUUUUUCGGCGCUGGAAGACUUCAACACCGCGGACUGAAUUUAUCCUGCUCGUUCUUUUAGUCGUGAUUCACAGAAUCAGAAAUCCUUCCUGAUGGGAAACGACGCCUCAAGGCAGCGGGAAACUGUGUGUGUGUGUGUGUAUUUGUGUGUGUGUGUGUGUGUGUGUGUGUGUGUGUGCUUUUUCUCCAAUCAUGGCAAAUAAUCAAUCAACUCCCAGCAGCCCCAGGAAGGCUGCAUCAGCAUCGAGCCAAACGCAGUUUAUGUUGAUGCUCCUGACUUUUAAUUUCCUGUGAAAACAGCAGUAAACAAACGUCAGAGCCGACGCGACAUGCCGGGAGAGAAUCCAGGCCUUCCGUUGGUUUGUAGCCGAGCGAUUCCAGCUUCAGAUGGAGAAACGGAGCCUUGCUGGUUAAAAGCUUCUGAGUCACGUCGUGGCGUCGGGUUUCCCGCUCGGCGUGGCGAGGAGAUCCGCCGCCGCUGCCGCCACGCCCCGGACUCCUGAACUGUUAGCUUACCCUGCAGCGGCGACGGCUGCUCCUGCAGAUGGAAGUGAACCUGCUGAAACUGUCACUGUUCAGAUAAUUUAUUUGUAUUUAUACGUCAAGAGAUGGAAAUAAAGCGUCAACAUGAGUAACGAACUGCUGAUGACUGAUUAUUCCAGUUUUUUCCUUCUGCUUCCUCUCUGCUUCUCUCUGUUGUCCUGAACUCUCAUUUAUUCAUUUGUGAUGAAGUGACGUGAAGAUGCGCUGGAAAAGAAAGUCUGAUCCUUGUUUGAUGGUCUUUUCCUCUUUUUUCCUCUCUGCAUCACGUCUCUCCUUCCUCACUCCCUGAUCCCACCUCCUCUUCAUUAUUCUCCCCCUCCCUUCUCCUCUC